UUUUAGUUCAUAUCAAAAAGUUGGUUUAAUCCGUGUGUUGUGUUGUUUUUUAUUUUUUGUGUAAUUUAAUGUUAUUUAUUUAAUUUAUUUUUUUGACAAAUUUUUAAUAAAAAUUCUGUGUUUUAUCAAAAAAUGUGGAGUCCAACACACGUGAAUGUUGCUGUGAAACGUGCUACAAAUUUGUUAACAAAAGGGAAUAAUGGUACAAAUGAUUGUUUUGUGACGAUUGCUUUGGGAAAAGAAAAAUGCCGUACUUCAAUUAAACAAAAUAGUCCACCAAAUGUGGAAUGGAACGAGGAAUGUGACUUAUUGAUUCCUGAACAAGGCAACAAAGCCGAAAUUGUAUUGACAGCAUUACAUCGGAGUUUUUUGGGUGUAGAUGAAUUUUUAGGACAAGUGAGAAUUCCCUUAGCAAAUUUCGAUUUUUAUGAGCGUGCACGAAACCGUUGGUAUAAACUUGAAGCAAAAAAGGGUAAAGAGAAUAAAAAAGAUCGUGGAUCAUUAGAAGUACGAAUCGAGUUUAUUGUAAAAGCUGGUAGUUUAACAAAUUUAAGCAAACAAGAAAAACAUAAAUCGUCAUUAGGUGGCCUAUCACAUUUAACCCAAAGUGUUGGUGGCAGUUUAUUAAGUAUCGGAUCGUUAGAAAAAAGAAAAUCUGGCUUGAAAAAAUUUGCGAAAUCCUUUGGAUCAAAAGUACAUAUUACCGGUAAAAAGAAAGAUAAAUAUGGCACAAAUGAUGAUGAUUCGAUCGCUGGAAGUAUUGGUAAUAUAUCUAGUAAAUUUGGUUCAGAGAAUUUCCUCAAAGUUGAAAAACAACAUACAAAUGUUGAUCCAGGCGUUAUUAGUGAGGACGAAGAUGAAUUCACUUUCGACGAUUUAUCACAAAUUAGUUCAACCAGUUCCGUAUGUUCGCCAAAUUUAUCAUCAGGAAUUCACUCGUUAAAAUCCACAUCCGAUAGACUCAAUUCCGACCCAAUUCCAAAACAACAAUCAAUCAGUGAAUCAACAGAACAUAUAUCAACACCUCCACCACCCGUUGACGAAUGGGAAGCAAAAUUAUAUGGGAAACAUGGUAAAUCGAGCACAUUACCAGCAAUUGAUACUUCAUCGAAUCGUUCAUCGUUUGUGGAAUCAAGUCCAGUAUUGAGUAAAACACCCACUUCCAAAGAAUCAAAUGUUAGUUUAGAUACCAUACCUCAAAUGUCACCAAAAACAACAAAACCUGAAAAACCAAAGGAUGUGGAAAAAUCAAAAGAUACAGAAAAACCAAAAGAUGAGAAGAGUGGAAAUAAAUUCUCGAAGAAAUUUAAAUAUUUCCGUAAAGAAGUUAGUGAAUUGGAGCCUGAAAUCACAAAACAAAUUGGAAAAUCUAUCGAGAAAUUUGAUUCAAAAAAUUUCGGUGAGCGAAUUAUCAUCGGUGGUGAAAAUCAAAUGGAACAUCAAGAGUCUUCAAUUCCAAAUGAUGUUUUACAAAAGUUUGAAGGAAAAUCACGAUUGGAUUUAAUUUUAAUGGUUACAAAACUACAAGCCACUUUAGACGACAACAAAAAGAAACAAAGAGAUAUGGAAGAUUAUUUAGACGAAUUACUCUUACGAGUGAUGGAAACUACACCAAAAAUUUUACAAAGACCUUAUAAGGGUAUCACCAGCACUAAAUAACCAACGUUUACGGAGGGGCAAAAAUCAAAAUUAAACAAAUUUUAGAGUGUUUGACAUAUUAAGUCUGAUUCGUUAUUAAAAUUUAUUUGUUAUUGUUUUCAUAUUUUUUUUUGGACAUUG